AUGAUGCAACAAGCUCAAAGUAGGCCAAUGUCCCAUGGCAACUACCAGGGCGGGCCAGAUUUGCCCAUGGGCUCUGUCAAAGACCAGACGCUCAUGUGGCAGCAGAGCUCAUAUUUGGCUGAUUCAGGAAUUCAUUCAGGUGCAACUACAACGGCCCCCUCUCUUUCUGGUAAAGAAGAAGAGAUGUAUGGGGAUCAAGACAUGUUUGACCUGGAUCAAGGGUUUACUCAGGGUUUCACCCAAGAGCAAGUUGAUGAAAUGAAUCAACAACUCUCUCAGACAAGGUCCCAGAGAGUUCGAGCUGCAAUGUUUCCUGAAACUUUAGAAGAAGGUAUAGAGAUUCCAUCUACUCAGUUUGAUCAGGCUCAAGCCACAGCAGUCCAAAGACUUUCAGAACCGAGCCAAAUGUUGAAGCAUGCUGUUGUAAAUCUCAUCAAUUAUCAGGAUGAUGCAGACUUAGCUACCCGUGCUAUACCAGAAUUGAUAAAGUUGCUUAAUGAUGAGGAUCAAGUAGUGGUUUCACAGGCUGCUAUGAUGGUGCACCAGCUGUCUAAAAAAGAAGCCUCUCGUCAUGCCAUCAUGAAUAGUCCUCAGAUGGUUGAAGCUUUAGUGAGGGCAUUAUCGAAUAGCAAUGACCUGGAAACAACUAAAGGAGCUGUAGGGACAUUACACAAUUUGUCUCAUCACAGGCAGGGUCUCUUGGCUAUUUUCAAAAGCGGUGGCAUCCCUGCUCUAGUGAAGCUUUUAAGUUCUCCAGUGGAAUCUGUUCUUUUCUAUGCAAUCACUACCUUGCACAACCUCCUUCUUCAUCAAGAAGGAAGUAAGACCGCUGUGCGAGUUGCUGGAGGAUUGCAAAAGAUGGUUGUUUUACUACAACGAAAUAAUGUGAAGUUCUUAGCCAUUGUGACUGACUGUCUCCAAAUUCUAGCUUACGGCAAUCAAGAAAGUAAGCUUAUUAUUUUGGCAUCUCAGGGUCCUAUUGAGCUAGUGCGAAUCAUGAGGAGUUACGAUUAUGAGAAACUGCUUUGGACAACAUCAAGAGUACUUAAAGUAUUAUCUGUUUGUUCGAGUAACAAACCCGCAAUAGUUGAGGCUGGAGGUUUACCUGCACUGGCAGUGCACCUGGGGCAUCCAUCGCAGCGACUUGUUCAGAAUUGCCUUUGGACCUUGAGAAAUCUUUCAGAUGCUGGAACAAAAGUUGGUGGCUUAGAAGGGCUUCUUCAGUCUCUUGUUCAACUCCUGGAUUCCUCUGAUAUCAAUAUUGUUACUUGUGCAGCUGGUAUCUUAUCAAAUUUGACUUGUAACAAUCAAAGGAAUAAAGUGACUGUGUGCCAGGUUGGUGGUGUCGAUGCUCUUGUCCGUACAAUUAUAUCAGCUGGAGAUAGAGAAGAAAUUACUGAACCUGCUGUUUGUGCUUUGAGGCACCUAACUUCUCGCCAUAUGGAGAGUGAGCUUGCCCAGAAUGCUGUCCGCCUCAACUAUGGCUUGCAAGUGAUUGUCAAGUUGUUACACCCACCAUCAAGAUGGCCUCUAGUCAAGGCUGUUAUUGGUUUGAUUAGAAACCUUGCCUUGUGUCAGGCUAACCACACACCGCUGAGGGAUCACGGCGCGAUACACCACUUGAUCAGGCUUCUAAUGCAAGCAUUCCAGGAUACACAGAGAAGAUCCAGUGUUACCAGCGGAGGAACUCAGUCAGGUGGUAUUUAUGCUGACGGUGUGCGCAUGGAAGAGAUAGUGGAAGGCACUGUGGGUGCUCUUCAUAUCUUGGCAAGAGAGAGCCACAACAGAGCUAUCAUCAGAGGCCAGAUGGUCAUACCGAUUUUUGUGCAGCUUCUUUUCGAUGAGAUAGAGAACAUUCAACGAGUGGCUGCUGGCGUGCUCUGUGAGCUUGCCCAGGACAAGGAAGGUGCUGAGCUCAUAGAACAAGAAGGUGCAACUGCUCCUCUUACAGAAUUACUCCACUCUCGAAAUGAAGGUGUUGCUACUUAUGCUGCUGCCGUGCUGUUCAGAAUGUCAGAAGACAAACCUCAGGAUUACAAAAAGAGACUUUCAAUGGAGCUUACCAACUCUCUUUUUAGGGAAGAUCAAAAUUUGUGGAAUGGUGAUUUAGGAAUGGCUCCUGAUUUACAGGACAUGCUGGGGGAGCAAAAUUACGACACCAUGUACUCUCAUGGACCACCUAGUGUCCAUAGUAGUCACGGAGGUCGGGGAUAUCAACCAGGGCUCUGAUUGGUGUUCUUCCCUACAGCACAGGUAAAAUAGCGUAUUUCAUGAGCCAUCUGUUAAAAAGCUUGCUUUUUUCUUUUCUUUUUUAUAAUGUGCCGAUUGUUUAUUCUGUGCAUGUUGUUAUAUGUAGUGUGCCUCUCAUAUAGAGCUUUUCAGUGUAUCACUAUUGGUGUAUUUUUUUGAUGUGCUUAGUGUGCCAUGAAUGUUUCAGAAUCUGUUUAUGAUAUAUAGG